AUGAAGCACCAAUCAAGUGGUCAAAAUGAGGAUGAUGUCAUGAAGGCUGCUCAUGAGAUCUUCUUCAAUGAUUAUCAAGCGAAGUUCACCAUGGAACACUGUUGGAGGGAACUGAGACAUGAUCAGAAGUGGAAGUCAGUUUUUAAGUCAAGAGAUGGCGCCAAGGAGAAAAGGAAGGAAGCUGAGGAGGUGAUACAUGGGGACGAGGUUAGACCGCCUGGUGUUAAGGCUUCCAAAGCAGCCAAACGCAAGAGGCAUAGGAAUGAAGCUGCAUAUGAUCGACUACAGAGCAUUCUAGACUUGAAACAGAACAUAUCCAAACAGAAACUACUAGAUCGUCUCCUGUCAAAAAAAGAAACUCUCACUGAAAGUGAGGUGUCUCUGAAGGACAAACUCGUUGUGCAGGUUGCUAUGUCACGGGUUGCUAUGUCUGUUGCUGGAUCACUGGUUGCUAUGUCUGGAUCACGGGUUGCUAUGUCUGUUGCUGGUUGUACUAUGUUUCGACACUAG